AUGGCGUCCAGGAUGGUGCUUGGAAGAAUCCAGUCGGUCGGUGGCCUCUCCGGCCGGUUGUUCCGCCGCGGUGAGGGGAUCCUCCGCCGUCCUCUUUUGCCGGUCAGCAAUCGAUCGCUCUGCAGCAACGCGAUCAAAACAGACACCACAAUCAAGGACCAGGAGCCACAUGGCGACAGGUUUUCGGAUCCCCGGGUUGCUCAUGAAGACCGCCAGUUCAUUCAAUUAUUGGACCGGAUGCUGGAUGCGAUAAGUAAUCCUGAAAGUCUUGCAGAGAUGCAGCGUGGGAGGCUUCCAAAUAGGCUGAAAAUUUUGGACGAUGACAUAUGAGUUAAAUUCUGCUUACGGAAAUACAGGACUAAAAGAAACGUGAAUUUAUGUUGUAUAAAGUGACCCUGCUGUGUAUUGUGAUUAACUAUGUAGAACUUGUGCGUGAGAGAUUGAUAUUGUUUAGGAUCAGAUUAUGGAUCUGAACAUCGGCUAAUAUUGCAUAGAUACCAACUUUAAGUAAUUUAAUUUA